AUGGCUGGUCCGUUUUUUGACGUAGGCACACAAACUGCCGAUUUCAGAGAAAAAGAAAAGAAAGUAGGGCGAAAUAAACGGGAGUUAAAAAAUCUCACUAUUUCUUUUGUAAAUCAGCCAAUGGUAACAUGUUCUUCGAAUACUUUAAAGUCGACUGUUAAUACUAGAAAUUCUUCUAGAGGAAAAAUGCACACAACGAUAAAUCCUUUAAAAAAAUCUACAAAAAAAGAAUGUAAAAAUAAAACUGAAGUUGGUGCCUCUAAAAACAGAAUCCAACAACGUAGAACUUUAACUCAUUCUUCAAAAGAUGGAGAUCAACAAAAGAGCACUAGAAAAUAUAUUAGAUUCAACAAUUGUAGAAGAUGCUAUAAAUUUGCAAGAAAGGGGGAAACACUAUGUCAAAACUGUGUAAAUUUACGUAGACAACAGCGACCACAAAAACUAAGACAACCUUUAGAUUCGAGCAGAGUUUCUCAAAGGACAAACCCAACUGGUAAGGCUUUAAAACGGUCUUUUGGUAAAUCCUCUAACCUUUACCGAUAUGGCUCGAGAUGUGCAAUGUGCAGAUUAUUGAAAGAAGUUAAAAAACCUGCAUGUGAGAACUGUCAGAAAAAGUCAAGCAUGGUGAAAAUUAAGAAAACAAGCACUUCAGGUGAAAAUAAAGAUACUAAAAAAUUAACAGAAAAACCUCCAGGAUUAAGGAAACAAAAUGAGGAUGAAGAUCCUCAAACUAGUGUUUUGAAUAAAGCGGAACCAACAUUUAAUAAAGAUGAGGACUCUAAAUUGAAAAAAGAAGAUGCUUCUAGCGAUAGUGAUGGAGAUGGACUAAUAACUUUUAAAACAAUAUUACUGAAACAAAAUGAAAUAUUUGAUGAAUUGAAAACUGAAAAUGAAGAAGCUUUUUUUCCUGAAGGUUCGGAGUAUAUUCCAUCAUCAUCUGAAUCAUCAGAAAGUUCUAUUCAACUUCAGAAUCAGUCUGGUUCGGGUGAUUACCUCCGAAGUAACAAUGAUGAAUUGAUAGUGGAAAAUAUUAACAUAAAAAGUACAAAACGUGGAAGAAGACGUAAAGCUAAUAGAUCGCAAUGGAAAGAUGUAAUUCGUAAACAAAAGAAAAACAAAGGGGAACAAUUUAUAAAUAGAAAAGGUAAAUUGGUAAAACAACGACAACUUAAAGGUGGUUGUACGGACAAAUGUAUCCGAAAGUGUCAAGAAAAAAUUAAUUUUGCAACAAGACAACAACUUUUUAAAGAGUUUUGGAAAAUGGGAGAUCACACCCUUCAAACUCAAUAUAUUAGUCGUUUGAUUAGUAGAUACCCAAAAAAUCGUAUUUUAAAUAGUUCCAUUGAAUCUAGAAGGAAGUGGACAUUUCAAUAUAGAUUGCCGCUAAAUGAUAGCUACAUUGUGGUAUGUAAAAAAAUGUUUCUGGAUACGUUUGAUAUAACCGAUAGUUGGGUGAUGACAAUGUCUAAAAAGAUGUCAGAAGUUGGUUUAAUUUUUGAAGAUAUGCGUGGAAAACAUACAAAACGGCGACAACGAGUAGUAGAUGAAAUAAAAUAGACUCUUUAAAAGGACAUAUCGUCUAUUCCAGCAGUAGUCUCAUUGUUUUAUAAUGAUAAACAACAAAAUUAUAUUUUAAAGAGACAUUAAAAUUUCUAAAUUUUUUGAUUUGUGUAGUGAGUGGAUGCAAAAAGAACAUCCUAUCUAGUCUACUGCAAUAUUAAGACAGUACCUACAGUACCGACAGUACAUAUUAAUUUGUACAUUAUUUACGUUUUAAGUAUUUAACAUUUAAGUGUUUUAAAACAAAAAAUAAGGGUGUGUCUUAUGUCCUAUUUAGCGAAAUGUACGUGAAGACGAAAAAGCAGUGAUUAAUUUAAAGUACAUUAACCAAAUUGCUAAUAAAACUGUUGUAAGACAACACACUGUCAGCAGUUUUAUUAUAAACGGAAAUUAUGCAUUUGUAAUUUCCCAAUAGUUGACAUAGGACGCAACGAAAGAGUUUGCUACAUGAGUGAUGAAGUAGCAGUAUUUACAAUUCUACUACAACUAAAGUAUGGCAAAGAUAUAAAAACUUUAUAUACUUAUAUACGAGAGCCAUUCGUAAAAUAAGGUUCUGAUGAAUUUUAAAAAUAUAUAGCGUUAUUUUUGUUCUGAGUAAUAUACUUUUUAAAACUCACGAUAUUAACCUACAUAAUCACCGUUUAGCCAUCCAAACAAUUUUGCGGACGGUGCACCAAAUGCCCAUGUUGCCAUGCCAAUUUUCUAUCCCCAUGUUAUAGAAUUCUACCGCCAAUCCAUUGAUAAAGCAAGUAACCUUUUCCUUGAGUUCACCAUCGGUACUGAAGCGUAAGACACCCAAGUGUUCCCCUUUAAUUUUGGGAUUAAUUGAUAAUUACUUGGUGCUAGGUCUGGACUGUAGGCCGGGGGGAAGGCGGGAGGAACAACACUUUAGCCAAUAUCGCUUAGUAUUUGUUCAGUUUGAUGUGAGACAUAAGGUCGAGCGUUGUCAUCAUGGAGAAAUCUCACACCACUGGAUAUGAAUAAUUGUGGAGUGGAAAGUGUCAGGAAUACGCCAAGCAAGGUCGUAAAUUGUUGGAUCUUCAAGUAAUAUUCGUUCAAUUUUUUCGUCUGAAACUGAAAGCCUUCCUCUCCGAUUUUUAUCGUGAAUUUGCGUUCUGCCUUCACUUAAUUCUCUACAUUAUUUGCGAACAUGUUGAACAUAUAUGCAGUUUUUCCCAUAAACUUCGAUUAAAUGACAAUGAAUGUUAAUAGAUGAAUUCUGUUUUGCAUUUAGAAAACCUAUCACAGCACGAAUUUCGCUCUGGCGAUAACAGCGAUCGAAAGCUCUACCUUGAAAGGCUGCUUCGUCUUCUUAUUGUGCCGUCUUCUAACGAAGGUUUGCUAUCACUUCUUUAAAUGCUUCCCUAUCUUUUGUUACCUGAAAUAUCUGUUCAACCCUGAGGUUAGUCCAAUCUCUGAUAUUCCUCAGCCAAGAUUUCUUCUUUCUUCCCAAGCCUUUUUUCUCUCUAAUCUUCCUUGCAUAAUGACGUGCAGAAGAAAGUAUUUAUCGUUUCGAAGUAUGUGGCCCAGAUACGAUGUUUUUCUUAUUUUAGUUGUGUGCAUAAGCUUUCUGCCAUGUCCAACUCGUCUUAACCGUUUCACUAUCACUGCCUUUUAGAGUGAUUAAAAAAUUCAAAUUUUUCUUAUACAAAGUAUUGUUGCACUAUAGAUUAUUUUUUUUACAUAAAAAGAAUUUAACUACCCCCACCCUUUCAGUGCAGGAUGUCCAUCACAAUGGACAAAAAAAGUUCAUGGAAGUAAAAAAAAACCAUUGAGUGUUAAUUUUUUAUUAGAAACUCUUAUAAAUCAGAUCAUUGUCAAAAGUAAUAUAAAUUAUAACAUUUACUUUGUAUGAGAUGUGGAAAACAAUUCCUUUCCUUUAAAAUACAUAAAUGAACUUUGCGUGUUUGACAAAAUAUAUGUGUCCUGCUCUUACACCCCUCAUAUUAAGCAUCUUGAGGCUUCCUUUUUAUCAUCAUACUGUGAAAGAUGAUGGUAUCCAUCAAAUCUAAGGUCUCUUAGGGGCCUUAUUUCAGUUUUUUUCUUUUUGGAGGGACCUGGAUCCUCGAAGCUUUUUGAAGGCCUGCCUCUUUUAGGAGCACGUCUACUGCAGAUUAGAUUUUCGGCCACUUCUUGGCGAAAAGCUAACAAAUCAAGGAUUUUCCUCUUGUUUAUCUCAUUAUAUCAGGGCUAAAUCAAUGGCAUGAGUGAUCAUUCUCACAGUCCAUUUCUUUAAUCUGACAUAGGAUCGGUAUAGACUUAGCAAGAAGUCCAACUUGUCGACGCCCAUGUUACUCUUGUAUCGUCUUAUAGAUUCAGGCCUGAGAAUCUGCACAUAUUCUUUUCUUGUUUUGUCCCAUCUUUUACAUUCAUCCGACUCUCCAAUUCCAACGAAGUUAGCUGCUGUCAGUACUGCCUUGUUAUCAUAACAUUUUGUGAUGACAAUACCGUCCUUGCUUAUUGCGGUAGCAGCAAAAUCACGCCCAUUUGUUUUCACUUCUUUAUCGCUGGGUAACUUUGGAUUGGCAAACCGGUUACCUCUUAUGGUUCCUAUACAGUAUAUAGACUUGGAGUCCAGAUAUUGGAUCAAAUUAUAGGUACUGAAGAAAUUGUCAAAAAAUAGGCCGUGGUUUUUCGCAGAUAUUCUUUUACUAAGUUGCAUAACUACAGCAGCUGCCGAUCCAUAUUUUACGUAAAUGGGAUUAAUGGGCGUUGUUGAACCUUGAUAAAUCAAGAAAUCAUAUAUCAGUCCACUCUGGCCAGUCAAGAUGUAGAUUUUGAUACCCCGUUUGUUGGGUUUGUUUUUCAUAUAUUGUUUUAUAUUUAUUUCUCCCUUGAAUGGGACUAGUUGCUCAUCGACACACAAGUUCGUUUCUAGUGGUAGCUGCUGGUAUCUUUUUCGUACUAACUCGUACAGACAUCUGACUUUUCACAAUCUGUAACAAACCAAUAUAAAUAAAGCAAGUUGAAGCAAAUUUUGAAGAAGAAAAAUCAAAUUGAGUUGCGAGUGAAAAAAAUUAAUUGGCUUAUUGGUAGAAAAUCUCGACUCUCUAUUGAGAACAAACUGCUAAUUUAUAAGCCAGUCAUCAGACCUAUAUGGACAUACGGAAUCGAACUAUGGAGUUGUGCCAGCAAAUCAAAUACAAAAAUAAUCCAGAGAACGCAAUCAACAAUUCUACGAAGAUUGCGAAGAUUAUGGCCCAUAGAUCUUCGCUGAAACUGAUGUGAAAUCGCUGGGUGACAUACCUCAUAACGCCAUAUUAUGGUAAAAUAUUAUAGUUUUUGUUAUUGUUCUUUUUAUCAAAUUAACUUGAGAAUAUGAAAUUAUGAUUGUUAAUAAAUUAUUAUACAU